AUGAAUAAUUCAGAUCUUAUUCUAUCUAAUCAGCUUUACAUUAAUGUCUACGUCUUGAAGCAGCAGCAGCAGCAACAAGCAUUACUGUGUUAUGAUGAGAAUGAAGGGAGUGCCUGUGGAACAACAAGCUCGUUACCUAUCUCGAACGUUAAAUGUGAACAAGCGUCACCCCAACAUUCUGAUAACUGUUCGCUCUCAACUCGAUCCGAAGAUUCGCUUUCAUUGAACAAUUGCUACGCAUUCAACGCACAACAGCAACAAUCAACAUUCAGCGAUGCAGCUCAGAUGGAUAUCUAUCGAGAUCUGAUUUUACGUCAUCUUAUUCAAGAUAUUAGCACUACUUGUGCUAAACUUGCACUUCCAACUGACCCAUAUGUGUGGACAGCUGAGCACAGCGCUCGAUGGAUUUCGGAGAUGUGCAUGCAGUUUCAGCUGCAUGCACCACGCGCACUGUUUCUAUCGGGACGUGUUCUGUUGGCGAUGAAUCAAGAAGAGUUCAUGGCACGUGCACCUGAUGGUGGUGACACGUUGCACGCACAAUUGCAGCUAUGGAAAACGGGUUACAUUUAUUCAUUUGUUUUCUGUACUACGAGCUUUUGUCGCCUUCAUUACCUUCGCAAUUCAUUUCAGCAUUCGAAUCGUACACCCAACAACAAAACAGCAGUGUAA